AGAAGAAGAAGAAUCACUGGUUCUUUCAACAGUGCCUCACUAACUCCAGCGUCGUGCUUCGAGCGGCGCCUCUAUUUCAUCCUUAAUAUUACUGUUGCGUACCUUCCAAAUGCUUGAAUGAACACAAAAGCCAAACGCUUGAAUAAACAAACACAAAGGAUCCCAAAACAAAAAUGAAUGUUGUUUUGAUCGUAGCAGUUAGCAGCCUGCUGUGCAGCGUCACUGGAUCCGCGGUGAUCGACGGCAUGCAGUGUGCCCUGCAGAGGGUCCGCCUCCUCGAGGUGUCGCGGAACGCUCUGCUUGAAGUGCGGCGCCUCGAUGAACAGAACCAUGGCCUGCAGGCACAGCUGUCUCAGGCGAACCAGGACUUAUUGGCACUAAGCACGGAACAGGCAAGCCUCCUGCACGACAACCUUGUCCUGCUGGACGCUUUAAAGGAAAACAACAUGUACAGGGAUGCCUUGCUCCACUGCAGGGAACGGAUGGUCUCACUGGUUGAGCAAGCCUCCGUCGAGAAGGAGCAGUUCGUCGCACAACAUAACAAAACCGCUACGUUAUGCCAACGAAAAUUACACGACUAUCGUCUAGUGCAACAGCAUUUUAAGGAGCUUCUCGUGAAACAACGCAAGGAGCUUACAAGCCAGAGAGAUAGAGCGUUGCAGGACCUUAAUGUAAUGACACGCGACUACCACCAAAUACAGGAGGAAAAUGAGCAGAUUAAGGAAAUAGUAGUGGAUUUUGCACGACAGUUACACACGAACAAGAAAGAGACAGAAGAAACUGUCAUGAAAUUAACAUAUGAAAGAGACACGGCAUUUAGGAAACUCAAGGCAUUAAAUUCAAAAUAUAUUGAGAUUCUGCGCCAAGUGAGACAGCAUCACGAAGCAGAACACAUGAAACAGGCUCUCAGCCAGGUGACGAGUUUGAGACCUCAUUACACGGAAUCCUUAUUGCAAACAGAAAAUGACGAACAAGUCCGAGGUGAAAAAAAGACGAAAACUUUACAGGACACUGAUAAAUAUUUGACGAAAGACAAAAAAUUAGACGGUAAAUGUCAUGAACUUCUUGAUCAAAAGGAAAUAGUUCACAAGCAGAUUCCGAUAUUGUUAUACAAUGAGCUGAAUGAAGACAACUUAAUGCCAAAGCAAGAAUAUACUGCGAAAAGCCUCGAGCAGAAUGCUAUUGGGCUUUUAGAAAACACCUGCCCAAAACAGUGGCGUGAGGAUCCAUUGAUUGAAGAAACAGAAGGGACUUCCUGCCCUGCAAAGUUGCGGGAAGACCCACUGAUGGAAGAGGAAGAGUUGACUUCCUGUCCUACGCAGUGGAGAGAAGGCCUCUUGAGACAAGGAGAGGGAACUUCUCACCCUAAGCAGUGGCAGGAGGACCCACUUAUAGGAGAAGAGGACGAGGAAGUGUCUCGGGAGCUCGCUUUAACUGAUGAAAUGAACCGAAUUUGCAUGAAACAUGAAGAGAUGUAUUUGUCAGUAGAUGAAGUGCAUGGGCUGAAAGGUCUGGAGUUGAAUGAAGACAACCUAAUACCAAAGCAACCACAGGUGGUGGCGGCAGAAUACAUCAUACAAAACAACGCUGUAUGGAAAGAACAACCGCUGAUACACAACGAAAACAAGGAAACCCAUUGCCAGGAAAGCAGCCCUAACCAGAGGCUGGCAGGGGAAAAGUAUCAAGCAUCUUGGGAACUCGUGGUGAAUGAAGUAAAGGACGAAAAAGAGACUGUGAGGGAAAUUGAAGUUUGGGUUCCGCAGGUCACAGAAGUCGUACUGAAGAGAGAAAAUGACGCGGAAGUAGAAGAGCAAACAGCAACGAAAACUGCACAUGGCAUUGAUAUUUACUUGAAGACAAAAGAAUUAGAAGAAAAAUAUGACGAAGUGCAAGGAUAUACUGCGAAAAGCCUCGAGCAUAAUGCUAUCGGGCUUUUAGAAGAGGUCUGCCCAAAACAGUGGAGGGAGGAUCCACUGAUUGAAGAGGAAGAGGGGACGUCCUCCCCUACACAGUGGCGGGAAGACCCAUUGAUAGAAGAGGAAGAGGGGGACUUUCCGCCCUACAGAGUGGCGGGAGGACCAAAUGAUAGAAGAGGAAGAGGGUCUUCCUCCCCUACACAGUGGCAGGAAGAAACAUAUGAUAGAAAAGGAGGAGGGUCUCCAUGCCCUACACAGUGGCGGGAGGACCCAUUGAUAGAAGAGGAAGAGGGGAGGGGACUUCCUGACCUACACAGUGGCGGGAGGACCCAUUGAUAGAAGAAGAGAAUGCCUGCCCUGAACAGGGGAGAUAUAUAUCGACACAAGGAAAAUAAAUAAUGUUCCAAAAAAAAAAAAAAAUGAAAAAGAAAAACGAAUGUGGAAAAAAAUAAAUUUUCUUAUCGACGCAAGGAUAAUUGACGAGGAAAAUUGACGGAAGAAUAUAAAAUUUGUUCGAAAAUUAAAAAAGAAUAACGAAUUUGGAGAAAAUUCUCUUGAAAUUAUCUUACCGACGCAAGGAAAAUUGACGAAAGAAAAAUAAAAAAAAUUUAGUUCGAAAAUUGAAAAGAAUAACGAAUUUGGAGAAAAUUCUCUUGAAA